AUGGGUGCCCAAAAAUUACCAAUAUUAGAAUAUCUUCAAGCAGAAAAUGAUUCACCAUUACCAUAUGAAGGUGAAGAUAGACCAUUGGUAGUAGUUUUAGGUUGGAUGGGAUGUCGUCGUGAACAUUUAUUAAAAUAUGUUGACCAAUGGAGAAAACGUGGUUUCAAUACAUUUUCAUUUUGUUCAAAACCAAUUCAAUUAUUGGUUCCAGGAGUAAUUCAAAAUAAAGGUGAUGAAAUGUUAGAACAAAUUAAAAAAUAUUUAAAAGAGAAUAGAAAUUGUAAAAGUGUAAUAUUUAAUGCAUUUUCAAAUGGUGGUGGAUUUUAUUAUGCACAUAUGAUUCGUCAAAUUCAUGAAAGAGAGGAUUGCAAGUGGAUGGCUCCUUUGGUAAAGGGAACUGUGUUGGAUUCGUUGCCUGCAAUUAGACCAUUAUCCAUCUAUUCAGCAUUCCGUUUAACUAGUCCAAAUAUGUUUGUAACUUUCUUAUUAGCAUUGGUAGUACCAUUAUUUGUAGUUUUAUUUUGGAGUAAGAUGUCAUCGUAUCAACAAAUUUUAACCUCAAAAAAGAAUCAAUGGCAACAUUUAAUUUUCUAUUCAAAAGCUGAUACUAUAGUUCAUUCUGAUGAUAUCGAUAAUUUAGUUGGUAAAAUAAAGAAUAAUUUAUCAGAUGUCAAUCAUCUAGAUUAUAAAUGUUUCGACGAUUCACCACAUGUUCUCCAUAUGAGAUCACAUCCAAAAAUAUAUGAAGAUAAAUUAAAUCAUUUCGUUACUUCAAUUAAAAAUUCAAAUUUGAAAAAAUUACAAAAUAAAUAA